CCGCAUACUCCGUCCUCCCGAUCUCUUACAUUUCUCAGUUUGAUCUCGCUGGCUCAAGCCAUUGUUUUCAACUCGAGCGUCUAUUCUAUCCGCAUUCCCCAUCCGCGUCUCGCGGUGGCAGUCACGUAUCCGCCAUGGUUCGGCGGGAGGAUAAAAGCAUGUCCCCGGAUAAGAUAUCUCGCUGCUCCAGCAUUCGCUCGACAGAAAACUCCCUUCCCCAACCAUCUCCCGACUCUCCCACAUGUCCCUCCAAACGACAAUCUUCUCCGUCGUCGCAGUCGCAGGCCAGUCGCAGAAAACGCGUCGCAGAGAGGCGAUUCAUGGCGGUCAUGGCUGUGAGCCUGGCGAUCGCUAUGGGGUCGUCCGCAUUCGCAGCAGCAGUCGACACCUUCCCCCAAUGGGGCCCCAACAUCGUCUCUCUAGCCGCCCGCGUAUUCUCGGACCAGUCUCGCGUCCCGAACCUCAUUUUCCGCGCUAGCCGCGGCUUUUCCGGUCUAAGUCCCACCAGACUCGACACAUCUCUAAUAGACCGAGCCCUCGUCUCAACCAGCAGCAGCCCCGCGGGUAACUUCUACGUCGCGCUCUCCGCAUUGCUCAGUGCGUCCGGGAUCUGCUGCGCGGCGGUUAUAACCCACGGGCUGGGCGGGCGAAUGAAGUACCGGCACCUGGCGUGGAUGUUUUUCCAGCCGUUCGUGGGCGGCGUGCGCUUCAUCCUCAUGCAGGCCAUGGCGUGGACGCUCUUCGCCUUCUCGCUCCUCGUCUUCUCCAGCGUCGCGUGCGUCGCCGCCUUCAUCGGCCGCGCGCUGCUCGGCCAGGGUCUUCUCGCGUCCGCCGGUGUGACCGGCCUCGCAUCCGAGUUCCUCUUGAUCGCCUCGCUGCUCAUCUUCGAAUCCCCUGGAGACUGCCCGCGAGGAGCGACUGCCCCCUCGCGGUCGAUCAAGGAAGGCUUCCCGUCGCAGUCUAUCCAACGGCAUGAUGCGAACGGCAGGAGUGCGAAGAAGCCAAUCCUUGCGACUCGCGAGUCCGCGGGAACAGCCGAAUCUGCCGAAUCUGCAGGGCGGGAGGAGACGACAGCAGCUGAAUCAGAGACCGCUGCGCGAAACUUAUACCGGGAGCAGGUGGAGGCGCAUGGGGAGACGGGGUCGGCAGUGCAAGGGAGGGAUGAGAAGGAGGGGAGCGCGCGAGUGAGCGCGGAGAAGGGCGAGAUGCGCGUGGUGUGCCCCGCGCCGUGGACGGCGCGGCAGCUCGCGCUCGCCACGCGCAACCCCGCGCAGAUGCUGCCGCUGCUGCUGGCGAGCGCGCUGGGGAAGACGGGGAGGCGAGCCGAGGGGAUUAUGGGGGAGGGAAACGGUGCGGAAGUGGUGGAGACGAUGGUGAAUAGGAAUACGGGGGAGAAGAAUAGACCACAGCAGGAGAUGGAUGGCGGGGGGAACGCUGAGCGGAGCGGCAAGCCCGCGUCAGAUGCUGAUAGCAUUCCGGAAUCCCUGCCGUUACUCGCGGCGGAGGAGAGCGAUGGGGACUGCAGGGACGAGGAGGGGCGUGAUGAAUUGCGGCUGGACGCGCCGGUGACGGCGUGGGAGGUGGUGUGGUGGUGCUGGGUGAAGGCGCGGGCGCUCUUCUCCGUGUGCUUCAUGUACGCGAUACAGCACGCGCUCGCUAUCUCCAUCUGCAUGCCCGCGCUGUGCUGCGAGGUGCGCACGGCCGUGCCCGUGUACGCGGGCGUGCUGGCGGCGUUCGUGUACUGCAACGUGUGUGGUAACAACCGGGAGCGGAACGGCAAGAGCCACUGGCUCUGGCUGCAACCAUACUGCAUCUGGCUGCUGGAGGAGUGCUCCGCAGCGUAUUUCAAUGCUGUGCGCAUCGUGCGCGAGGGAGACGCGUCGCUCUACCCCGCGGAUCAACGAUACAUCUUCACCUACCAUCCGCACGGGCUGAUCCCGGCGAUAAUGGCGUGGUUCUUCCACACGUCCGCGUGGGCGGCGCUGCUCCCCGGCAUCCGCCCUGUGGCGCUGGUGGCGUCCGUUCUCUUCCGCGUGCCGCUGCUGCGCCAGCUCUGCCUCUGGGGCGGGCUGCGGGAGGUGUCGCGUGAGGGGUUUAAGGCCGCCAUCCACGACCAGCAGGCUGCCAUCGUGUGCCCCGGCGGACAGUCGGAGCUGUCGUACCACGGGGCGAGCAGCGAGCGCGUGGUGGUGCUGUGUGCGCGCAAGGUGGGGUUUGUGCGCAUGGCGGUGGAGACGCGCUCACUGCUCGUUCCCAUCUUCUGCUUCGGCGAGGCCGCGCUCUUCGACAAUAUCUUCCACAUGCCCUCGCUGCAGCGCUUCACCUACCGGCGCUUUGGCUUCCCCAUCCCCUUUCUGCCCAUCGGUCUCUUCGGCCUGCUGCCUCUCCCCCGCACCGCCCCCGUCACCCUCGUUGUCGGCCGCCCCUUCGACCCCACCGCCAUGCUCCCCACAUCCCUGGACCCCGGCAAGCCCAUGCCGUUAGAGCAUCUGCAGGCCAUCCGCGACCGGUACUACGAGGAGGUGCAGGCGCUGUUCGAGAGGCACAAGGCACGGUGGGGCAUGGAGGACGUGCAGCUGGAACUCAGGCAAUGACACGAGGGGGGGGGGAGACUGGAGUUGAGGAGUCUGGUGGGGGUGGCACGAGACGGCUUGAGGGUUGAGGUGAGGGUGGCACUGUGCAGAGAUGUGCUGUGUAGUGGAGGUGUUCACAGGGGUAGGUACUACAUGCGGUAUUAGAUCGGUAUAAAGGUUGUCUAGAAGCGAGUAUGGAUGGUGGUGACUUCUUCGGUCACCUUGAAAAGGCUAUUUUGCUCGUUUAGGGGACUACAUUUGGUGGUAGAGGGAGCAGGUAGGUAUGAGAGGCUCAGCAGCAGCAGCAGCAGCACCCUUCUGAAAGCCACUCCAGUAAAGCUAGCGACCCCAUUGAGCGGGUAAAAAAGGCAUGCUAACAUGUAGCAAAGCCUCCAGACAUUUGUGUACAUACUGACCAAAUGCUCUAAUUGCGUUUUACAUUCUCGCCUCAUGCUGUAUCAAGGAAUUGUGUUACAU